CACCAUCAUACUGGGUCUGGAGUCAAUAUUGACUGAUACACCUCUCCAAAUAAAUUCUUGUUUCUCUUGUCUUCAUCGGUCAACAUCAAUUAUCAGUCAUGGAUUAAAAAACCUCUGUUGCAUUCAAACAACAGGUGUUUGAACUGAACUUCACUGUCGCAAUCUGUGCUUCAAAAGACUUGGACGCAAGGACAUUGUGCAUCUUUUUGCCAUGGCAGCCCCACGUCUGUCUGUGCUGUCAUAUGGACUUUUCAUUUCCAGUUUUCUCACAAUGUUUUACUUGUAUCAAUGGGACACGCCGCAAAGGCUGAGAGAAAUGAGGAUGGAUUUGGUUCAGGAGGAGAGAAAGCAGCUGAUAAGAGAAGUGUGUCAUGGUGACAAAGAAGCUCUUUUAGAAAAAGAAAUUGGCUACAACAAGUAUCACCACCUAAUAGUCGAUAACGCGCACGGUAUCAUCUACUGUUUCGUUCCCAAGGUGGCCUGCACUAAUUUGAAAAAAUUCAUGCUCAUCCUGAAAAAGGGAGAGCCAUAUGGUGAUCCAGGAAAUGUCACUGAAGAUGUCCACACCAGCGGUGCCAUCACCUUUCUAAGCUCGUUGCCAAAACACGAGAUUGCGGUAAUUAGUACCUAACACCCAAAAGGAGGUCAGGUUCAUUUUGUAGUGGAUUUAAUUAAAAUAGUAUAAGUGGAUUUUUGUGCUCUUUU